UAGUGUUACCGUUUCCGGCUGUCUGCUUCGAUCGCAAUAAAUUUGUUAGCAUUAACAUGUAACAUGAGAUGCUGCACCAAAGAAUGCUACUCGUCCUUAUACCACUGCUACUUUUUGCACACUUUUCUUCAUGCUAUCGGGGUGAAGAGAAACAUGAUAUAGGGACAUUGGCAGGUGAUGUGCAAAACUGGGCCAUGCUCAUCCAAAAUUAUAUCAUGCAGCUUGCCAGUGAUGGCAUCAACCGUCACAUAACACAGAGCCUUUUAGAUCAAGCCAUUUACAGCGAUGAGAAAAAAAAUGGCACAGAGCUUGUUGAGCAAGUGAAAGAAGACCUUGCUGACUAUUUUCGCAACAAAAAGAGAGCAGCAGAGAAAUUGGCAGAAAAAGUUCGAGAGUUGCAUGAUUCUUUUCUCGAAGAAAAUAUGACAGUGGAUGCUCAUCACCUGAAAGAUCUCACUCUUGAUAUUUAUAGAGAUUCAGAUAUUCCCACACGACUUCCCAGUGAUUUACAUUUUAGUCCAUAUUUUCAACAAAAGGUAAGUUCAAUUGAUUCCACCGUGAAAAUAGCAGAUGAGGUUCCCAGAGAAGAUGAGUCUGUCAUCAAAGUUGUUUACUUCACCAAAGGUCUAGAGGAUAUCUUCCUUGAAAAUGCUGAUCAAGACCCAUCAUUAAGGUGGCAGUAUUUUGGUUCAACCACCGGUGUGACUCGUCUGUUUCCGGGCCGUGAAUGGUCAACAAACUUUGCUGGAUUUUACAAUGACUAUGAUCCUCGUGUGCGACCAUGGUAUAUUGCAGCCACUAGUGGCCCUAAGGACGUCAUCAUUGUAUUAGACUGCAGUCUAUCAAUGAAGGGCGAAAAAUUUCAGAUUGCAAAAGCAGUAGCCAAGAACGUUAUUCGGACUCUUACAAAACAAGAUUAUGUCAAUGUGAUAUGCUCCAGGGCAAGUCAUUGGAAUGAAGUUGGCAAAUGGUAUAUGUAUGACACAGACGUACAGAGUUGUCAGAAGAAGCGUAUGGUGCCUGCAACCAAUGCACAUAGGAAAGAUCUCAUUGCUAAGAUUGAUAAACUUCAGGCAGGUGGUACAACAGAGCUGCAAAAAGGAUUUGACAUAACAUUUGAGCUCCUGCGCAGUGUUCCUCGGACUGGUUGUCAGUCUGUCAUUGUCUUUGCCACUGACGGGCUGGACACAGAUGGGGAACAGGUGCGCUGUGGACCAGGUUAUUAUACAAGGAGUGGCUAUGUACCUGGUCCGAUCUGUAAAUACAACUGGACAGAGGUGUACAAUCUAGCCAUGGAAAGGAAUAAAUAUCUUAACCCACCUGCACGAGUUUUUAGCUAUCUGAUAGUGGAAGAUGCUGAAAUCUUCCCUGGAAAACUGGCAUGUGAUCACAAUGGAAGCAUGAAGAAGCUGGUGACAGGGGAAAAUCUCAUAUCUCAGAUGAGCAACUAUUACGAGUUUCUCUCUUCAAAUGCAUUCACAACCAGCGGCUUAUGGACUUCACCUUACCUUGAUGCCUGGGGCUUAGGCCUGAUGCUUACAUAUGCUGUGCCUGUUACCAGCAAAAUUACUGGAAAGUACAUUGGUGUCGUUGGCAUUGAUGCCUCUCUGAAUGUCAUAGAAAAUUUCUUAUCAAAACACCAGUGGGGGUCUGUUUACUCCUUCCUUAUCAACAACAAGGGGGAGACCAUCUUCCAUCCUCGCCUUAAGCCCAGCAAAAAGUUGCUUGAAGAUCCCAUCUUCAUCCAUAUCAAUCAGCUGGAAAUGUUCAAAGGGAAACCAGUUGAAUUCCAGCAGCUAGAACGACACAUGAUGGCAGGUGACACUGGCAACCUGCACAUAAGCAAGGCAAUUGAUGGCAAGCCCAGAACAUAUUAUUUUGGUUCCUUGAAGGAUUCAGAGUAUUCCUUUGCAUUUAGUCUGGCAAACGAAGAUAUGGAAUUCCGCAGAUCACAAGAACCAGAUGCUGAGGCAAGAAAAAAACUGGGGCCAAGUUAUUAUAAUCUUCUAGAAGAGUACAAUAGCAAACUGUUACGAGAGAAAUUACCUGGAGUCUUUGAGACAAUCGAUGUGCGAGAAAAUGAAGUAGACAGAUACCCAGGACUUCGAAUCACAUACAACUACUCAACCAUUUUUCUGGCAGCACAGAGUCACUGUGACCCCAUCAAGUACAUGUACAAUGACAGCCUGGCAGCCAAGACUCUUGAUGCCCACUUGUGGAUCAAUGGAUACCAGGAAGAUCUAGGCUGUGACUCAGGCAAACAAUUGUAUGACAAAGGGGUGAGAGCUGAUGUGCUUAUUACCCAGCCAAUAGAAGAGGUUUGGAGGAAUAGGAACUUUGAAUCUCUUGACAAAGUCAAGUGGACAAAUGUUGGUCUUCGAAGUGGUGUUUUCAGAACAUACCCUGGUCACCGCUCUACCCGUGGUUAUGAUCCUACUGAGCGCCCCUGGUAUAAACGCACAAGCUCAGCACCACACAAAACAUCAAUCUCCACCCCCUACAUGGACUCAGCAGGUGUAGGAAAGAUCAUCACCAUUUCUCAGGCUGUCUUUGAGGGGAUGACACCCAAGACAGAUGAGGAAUGUGCCAAGUAUCUGCCUGGCCAGAGGAUGGGUGGCUGCAGAUGUGACCAGGAUUCUGACUGUUACAUGAAGGUCUGCUAUGUAAGCAUGGCUCCAGGACCAAAUAGGGAAUAUCACCGGUGUGCUACUGAGCGAGUGGAGGGUGUAACUGGUCUUGACAUUCUUUAUGAUGAUUUUCACAAUCGUUCCAUGGAGAGUAUGCAAGCUAGUGACUUUCGCAAGUCCUGUGGGCAGACCUACAAGUGUCCUAAUGGGAUUGAUGACUGUCAGACCAGGUGUUACCUUUUUGAUAGCCAAGCUUUUCUUCUAAUGGAUCCUGAUUUUCUAACGGCUGGUGCUCUGGACGAAAGUCGUUAUGAUAAGGUGACAAUGGGGCGGAAGGAAGGGGAGGUUAUGAAGCAUCUCGUCAACAAACACCACUUUUUCAUUCGUAAGGAGUCCAUCGAGUAUCAAGGUUCAUGUCGGAUCACACCCAGUAAACCUAAGGUGACAUUACAAGGCCUGCCUCAAAAGCCUGAAGAUGAUGAUGACUAUGAAAAGAAUCGAGGUCCCAUUCCAAAGUUCCACAAUGAAUAUGGCUGCAUCCAGGAUGACGUUAGCUUUGCAGCUAAUGAUUCUGCCUUGGUUCCAAGUGGCAUGAUUACAGGCAAUGUUACAGGCCCAUGCAUGUCUGGAUUCUAUUAUGUGACAGCGCUGCCCAAAACCAAUCUCUAUCUUCUAGUUAUUGAGAACUACCAGAUCUUUAAGAAAACAGUUUUCUAUAAUUUCAACUGCAAAAUAACCCGCAGCGUGGUGAAUAGUGGUGCAUAUAUGAUUGUAAAUGGAACUUGCGCCCAUGAGGACACAAGUGAAACUACACUGGCUCAGCAGAACCGGUGUCCCAAACUCCGUGACAUCCCAAUUAAGUGUGCUUUCACCACUGCAAGCUCGACUACUGUCAACUUAUUGCUGCUUUUGUCAACUCUCCUGCUGUGCAUGGCAACUUAGCUGGAAACGUGAAAGAAACUGGUGAACUUUCUUGUUUAAACAUUAUCACUUAAUUGCAUUCUAAGAUUCAUGUCUGGAGAUGGUCAUCCUUCCUUUUGUUCUGACCACAAGACAUAAUCUUACCUUGGCUUCUCUUAUCAUUGCACUUCACAAUGGUACCAGCUCCCUGUCUGAGAACAACGAACUGGAGCUCCUUGUGCUGUUACACAGAAAGUCUCAUGCCCUGAUACAUCCUUUGUCUGACCAAUCAUUACCAGUCACAGACUUUUUUUAUUUUACCUUGUAAAGGCCAGUCAUGUUUUUUGUAACAUCUUUACAGUUUGAUUUACAUUUGGGUAUUAGUUUAUGAUUUACAAUUGUUUCAGACUACACCUGUUCAUAGUGUUUACAGUUACUUCAGAACAGAACAUCAAAGCUGUGCAGGCUGAGUAAGGUGACAUAAAAUCUUUCAUAUAUGGAGGAGAAAUUUAUUUGUAUAUUUAUUUUCUUUAUUUGGGUAUUUCCAGAUGUUUGUAAGGUUUUAAGUUUGUUUUUCUACCUGCAUAGUGAAAAAAUGUAUCUAUAAAGAUGGUUACAUGAAUUAUGUAUAGAUAGAGAACACUCAGUGGAUGGGGACUUCUGAUAGUAUUGUAGUCUUUUUGGCUGAUUUUAGUUUCAGCUUGAGUGUAAGUACAAUAGCUGGAGAUUAAUAAGGUAGUGCCUCAGAUGAGGAUCAUGUCUUCUGAUAAAUGCCCAAAAAUGUAUUGGAAAAUAUUACGCCAGUUAAAAAUUUUAAUCAUGCAAGUACGUUUUAAAUUGAAUAAUUUUUUCAUGUGCUAGACAUGUUAUUUUUAUAUUCUUAUAUGUCUUUAUCACUUAGCAGUAUUUAUUUAUCAUUCUAAUUUCAUUGAGUUUUGUACUUUUUUGGCAAUAGAUAGGAUGAUAAGAUGAUAGGUGUGAUAAUUUACUUCUUCAGAAAACAGUCUGUUCUGGCCUGAACUGUUUUACUUUUCAGUUUGGCGAUGUACAUUCACUUUUUCAUAAACACACCAAAAAUAAUCGUUAUAGAUUUCUGUUGGACAGAUAAUGUGGUAGCAUUUUUAAAGAAAAUCUUUUAAAGUUGUAAAAUAAAUAUUAUAGUAGCUGAAUAAUUAGGGUGGUAGCCUGUGCUGUGGCUAUCAGUAAGUGACUUUUACUUUAAAAUCCUUUAAACUUUUUCUCUCAUACUUUUUGUGUAGUCUAAAGUUUUGCAUGCAUGCACAUAUAUAAAUGCACAAAUGCACACACAUACACCCAACCAAUCUAUUAAUUCUGUUUUGGCAGAUCUCUUUAAGGCAUAUGAUGGCUUUGCUUUGUUGGCUAGAUUUUGUUCCAUUGCAACAGCUGUAUGUAAGCUGUAUGAAAGAUCAUGUGAGAGACUGCCAGAGCAUACAUGCAUAUAGUAAUUUUUUUUUUAAACUGCCCUAUUUUGCAAGGACAUAUUCUUUCUUAAGCAAAGUGGAAUGAUGGUGUUUAAAGGGGAACAAAUUAAUUGUGUGUGAAAAAAAUUUGAGAGGUAUUUGUCUUGCAGAUUUGAGCAGUUUUAGAAGACUGUCCAAAUACUUUUGUUUAUAUCCAACAACGAAAUGCAAAUUGUAAAAUACUCAACUAAACCUAUUUUUAUUUAAGUAAAUUAUUUUCUUUCUUUCUUUUCCAUUCCUUUAAUUGUUAUAUGUGAUAAUAUUAUCAAUGAUCAUCAAAGUGUCAUUUUAUGAUUGAUGUCCUGAUGGAUUUAAGACUUUUUUUGGUAGUUCAAAGCAUGGUUAAUGUACUUAUUCAGAUCCUCUUAUCCUAUUUUACUUGUCACAAGCUGACAGCGGGUUUAAUAAAUGGAUAUGUAAAUAUU